AUGCUCGUCGCCGUCUUCAUCGCCGUUGCGCUCACGCUUGCUCCUCAGUCCUCAGCUGGGGGCAACAGGUUUGUUGGCGUUGGCUACACGAACCCAACCGAUCAACGCUGCUUGAGCGAAGAGGAGACUGUCAACGCCAUUGGCCCCGCUUCGGGCCAGGUGGUAAUGCAAGGUUAUGUCUACUCCUUCUGGACCAACGUGCCCAUCUCUCACAUCUGUGAAGAUACAGCGUGCUCCAAGUGCGAUGACGCCGACCUUGACGUUGGAGAUUGCUUUUGGUUCAAGACGCCCGGCCUUCCCAUCAAGUGCAUCGUAACAUCUGAUUCCGAGGAGGAGAGCUGGCUACUGGACAGGGCAGAGAGCAGUGACCCGGUGAGCCGGGGACCGGCGAUGCUGAGGCUGUAG